AUGUCGUCUUCGGAUCAGGAGCUUGUUAAUAAUGGGAUUAAUUAUAAUCGUUAUUUUGACAAUUCUCCUCAAUUUAAUAAUCGUGAUGAUGCUGUCGAAUGUCACAAAAAGAAUUGUCAAUAUCUAGAUUGUGAACGUGGUAAGAAAAAAGAACUUCGUGAUUUCAGUUCAGCAAUCAGGAGAAAAACGAAAAGAAAAGCAUGUGGUUGUCCAUUUCGGUUGUUUCUUGUCCCAAUGAAAAACUAUUCGUAUUGGGUUGUCAAGACUAAGGCAGAACAUGGGUUUCAUAAUCACCCAAUGAUGUUAUACCCAGAGGGUCAUCGACAGAUUAGCGGUCUCAGUCCCGGUGCGAAGAAGUUAGUUGGAGAACUAACUGCAGCCCAUGUGAAACCACGACACAUCAUGAAAGCCAUUACAAGUGCAUUUCCGUCAGUGAAACCUAACAUGAGGCACAUUUAUAAUUGUAAAGAUUUGUUAAGAAGAGAGAGAUCAGAAGGCAGAAAUGCAGCUCAGGAGUUUCUUCAUCAGGCUGUUCAAAGCAAUUAUCUGUUUUGGCUUGAUGCGGACGAGAUGGGUAGGGUGACACAUACAUUCAUUGCACACCCGACGUCCGUGAACUUAGUCCGUACAUAUCCGCAUGUGCUUCACAUUGAUGCAACGUACAAGACAAAUAAGUACUUGUAUCCUUUGGUAGAGAUUGUUGGUGUCACACCAACCAACAAGAAUUUUCUUGUUGCAUGGGCUUUGCUGCAACAUGAGGAUGUUGAGAGUUACCUGGAUGUUGUCGGCACUGAAAAACCUCAUUGGCUAUGUGGCGCCAAAUGCCAUUGUGAGUGA